AAUUCAUAAUUACUUUGUGAUUGCUGUCGCAAUUACUCCUAUGGCAGGUGGCCUUUCGUUCACUUCCCCUUAUGGAGGACGUACUGUGACAGCAUCUCGUGGUUCUUCAUUUAACUUCACAUGGACCUUCUUCGCAAAUGACGGCCUUUUUAAGAUUGUUUUUGGUUUCAUGAAUUCCCUUAUCCAAACCAGGAUUGACGGCAAUGAUCAACUCAUAGGGAUAACAAGUGAUGGUGCCAUGUCAAUAAAGCAAGCAUAUGUAGGUCGCCUCAAAGGCAAUUGGAACAACGAGACUAACCCAGGUCAAGUGACGUUUACUCUAAGCUCAAUCAAAGCACAAGAUAGCAGACUGUUUGGUUGUCUGAUUCAACCCAUGUUCCUCCAUUUGAGUCCCAUUAUAGACCCAGCAAAAUCGUCUGUUGUUGCUAAACCUUACAUUUGGCACUGUGGUCGUACCAGAACACUACAAUCAAGUCAUGCCCAAGGUAUAUGUACAAGGAGUCCUUAGCUAUAUUGUGACCGCAGUUAUGAUCACUCAUCUAGCAGUAUGUCAGGUGCAAUUCACAUCAAACUAUAGAAGUAAACAUGUGACUGGAGUUGCUGGUUCAUCUGUUAACUUUACUUGGACCUUCCGGGGAAAUCUUAAUGAGGCACAACUAUGGAAGGUUAAGAAUGAUGGCUCAAGGGAAAUAAUGAUUUCUGUAUUCUUUACCAUGAAAGUCUAGAUAUCGCAGCCAUACACUGGACGUAUCAGUGCAGUAUGGAAUGGAACAAGUUCCGGCCAGAUCACUUUCUUGCUAAAUUUAACUCGUGUAAGAGACGAAGGGUAUUACUCAUGCAGACUUC